AUGGGUGACCCUGAAAAGACCGAAUCGGUCGCAUCCACGGAGAAAGAAGCCGGGGCACUCAAUAGUUACAUGAGAAUAUUUCACUAUGGCACAUCCAAGGAAUACACCAUGCAUGCCGUUGCCGUUGCCUGCGCACUCGCCUCGGGAGUGGGCAUGGCUCUAGUCAAUCUGGUGUUUGGAAAGUUCAUCACAUUGAUUGUGGAUUAUAUCACGGGCCACUCCAAUCCGGCUGAGUUUCGAAAUGGUGCCGGUAGACUCAGUCUUUAUUUCUUCAUCAUCGGCCUGGGACGAUUCUUCCUCACUUAUGGCUACAGUACUUCCUUUACGCUUGCGGCCUAUCGAAUGACGCGGAACAUUCGUCGCCUAUACCUCAAAGCCGCCCUCGGUCAAGAAAUUGCCUUUUUCGACAGCGGGACCAGUGGCUCCAUCGCUAUGCAGGCCACUUCCAACGGCAAGCUCAUACAAUCAGGUGUUUCAGAGAAGCUGGGACUGGUCAUCCAGGGACUUUCGGCUUUUAUAUCUGCCUUUGUGCUAGCUUUUGUGACCCAAUGGAAGCUGACCCUGAUCACAUGCUGCAUUGCCCCAGCUAUGCUUGUGGUCAUCGGUAUUGUCUCCACCAUUGAGGCGAAGGUUGAGCAGAGCAUCCUCAAUGUUCAAGCUCAGACAGGCUCUUUUGUGGAGAGUAUCUUAUCGAGCUCACGAACUGUCCAUGCCUUUGGGAUUCGGUCACGACUGAUAGGCGAUUUGGACAAGUUCUUGCAAACGGGAAAGAAACUGGGAGACAAGAAAGCCCCUCUCUGGGGCACUUUGUUUGCCUCGGAGUACACUAUCAUCUAUGCUGGAUUUGGGCUGUCUUUCUGGCAGGGUAUUAAGAUGUUAGCUAGGGGAGAAGUGCCGGAUGCGGGGGAUAUCUUUGUUGUAAUCAUGUCGGUGAUCGUGGCAGCUACCAGUUUGACCUCGAUAGCUCCCCACAUGAUCGAAUUCACCCGUGCAGCUUCUGCAGCAGCAGAGCUCUUCCGCCUUAUGGAUCGAACUUCAGCUAUCGAUCCUUUUGACGAGUCGGGGCACAAGCUAGAACCGAUUGAGGGCGUCGUUGAGUUCAACAAUGUUUCUUUUGCUUACCCAACCCGCCCAAGCAUCAAAGUGCUGUCAGAAUUUUCCCUAAAGAUCCCAGCUGGUAAGACUACUGCGCUUGUUGGAGCAAGCGGUUCUGGAAAGAGCACAGUCGUCGGCCUGCUCGAAAGGUGGUAUAAUCCAGGCAUGGGUUCCGUGAAGCUUGAUGACCAUCCCAUCGACACGCUGAAUUUAAAGUGGCUACGACAACAAGUAAGACUUGUGCAACAAGAGCCCGUUUUAUUCAAUGGAACAAUCGCCGAAAACAUUGCAAACGGUCUUGUGGACACACCUUGGGAAAAUGAGACCCAGCCCAAAAAAAUGGCCCGGAUACAAGAAGCCGCGAAAGUAGCCUUUGCUCAUGACUUUAUCACCCUGCUUCCCAACGGAUAUGACACUAUAAUCGGUGAGCGAGGAGGUCUUCUCUCUGGUGGUCAGAAACAACGAGUCGCAAUCGCCCGAAGCAUUGUCUCUCAGCCGCGGAUUCUCCUACUCGACGAAGCAACUAGUGCGCUAGACCCACAUUCCGAGGAAGUUGUUCAAAAAGCGCUCAACAACGUGUCUCAGGGGCGUACAACCAUCACUAUCGCUCACAAGCUUGCAACUAUUCGAGAUGCUGAUAACAUCGUGGUCAUGGAGACUGGUCGCAUUCUCGAACAAGGUACCCAUGACUCCCUUUUGGCAGCCAACGGCGCAUAUUCUCGUCUCGUGCGAGCCCAAGACCUGUCCGUGGCUGAGAACCAGCCCGAUGACUCCUCCGAGAGCGAAGAGGCAGAUGAAGCGGGCAAGACCGAGCUGACUGGCAAGUUAACUCGAACAUCGACCUUUGCAACAUCAGGCCCGGAGAAACAGUCGGAUGUGUAUGAUUAUGACCAGUGGAAGAGGAUAGGUUUGUUCCAUGUCGUUUGGCGACUGGUGAAAUGUAACCCGGAAAUCAAAUGGGCAUUUGCAAUCUUGCUUCUGGCAUGCUUAGGCGGAGCUGCCUCAUUCCCUGGACAGUCUAUACUUAUGUCCAAGUUCAUCGAAGUAUUUGAGCUCACUGGCUCAGCGAUGGAGAAGAGAGGAAACUUCUUUGCUCUCAUGUUCUUUGUGCUAGGCCUUGGAUGUUUUGUCAUAUAUUUUAUUGUUGGGUGGAUGGCAAGCAUUGUGGCACACUCACUCAACCACAAAUACCGGAGGCAAGUUGUGGAUGACAUGCUGAGGCAGGAUCUGCGAUUCUUCGACCGCGCCGAAAACACCACCGGUGCCCUUACCAGCCGGGCGGACUCGUACCCACAGGCUGUGCUUGAGCUUAUGGGCUUCAAUGUUGCACUAAUUACCAUCGCCGGAAUUGGUGUGCUAUCGUGCUCGAUCCUGGCAUUGGCCUAUGCAUGGAAACUCGGGCUCGUGAUUGUCUUAGCAGGACUUCCCCCGAUGCUGAUCUCUGGUUAUAUCCGCCUUCAAUUGGAAGCUUCAAUGGAUAACAAGAUCUCGAAGCGGUUCUCAAAAAGUGCUUCAAUUGCUUCGGAGGCCAUGAAUGCGAUUCGAACGGUAUCAUCCUUGGCGAUUGAGACGUCUGUCCUCGAGAGAUACACUCGAGAGAUUGACCAUGCUAUCGCUGCAUCCACGAAGCCCUUGCUUAUGAUAAUGCUCCCAUUUGCAUUCACACAGACUGUUGAAUACUCAUUUAUGGCGCUCGGAUUCUGGUACGGUUGUCGGCUUGUUUCUUUUGGAGAACUGACCAUGGUCAAUUUCUUCAUCGCCUUCCUCAGUGUCUUCUUCGCUGGUCAGCAGGCUUCUAUCCUGUUUGGUUUCUCAAGCAGUAUGUCAAAAGCAACAAACGCGGCGAACUACAUAUUCUGGUUGGAACAGCUUCAACCCAGCAUCCGAGAAACCGAUGAGAACCGAGAAUGUGGGCCGAAGAACUUCAAGUCUCUUGAGUUGGAAAACCUGCAAUUCUCCUAUCCAAUGAGACCCAAUGCCCGGGUUCUUCGGGGAAUCGACCUCCAUAUCAAAGAAGGGCAAUUCGUCGCUUUCGUCGGUGCAUCUGGCUGCGGAAAGAGUACCAUGAUUAGCAUGCUUGAGCGUUUUUACGACCCAAUCUCUGGCCACAUCAAGGUUGACUCUCAGAACCUAGAGACUUUGAAUCCGUGGCUAUAUCGCAAUCAGGUUGCACUUGUACAACAGGAGCCUACUUUGUACCCUGCAACUAUCCGCGAAAAUGUGUCGCUCGGAGCGCCGACGGAUUACAAAGUCAUGGCUUCUGAGGACGAAAUCGAGGCUGCUUGUCGGGCCGCUAACGCUUGGGACUUCAUUUCGUCAUUGCCAGAUGGCCUCGAGACUACGUGUGGAACUAACGGCACGCAACUCUCGGGAGGGCAGCGGCAGCGUCUUGCAAUUUCACGAGCGCUUCUCCGAAAUCCCAAACUGCUGCUCCUGGAUGAGGCCACCAGCGCAUUGGACACGCAGUCAGAAAGAAUUGUACAAGAUGCGCUCAAUGAGGCCGCUGCGCAGGGUGAUCGCAUCACGGUUGCAGUCGCUCAUCGUCUAUCCACUAUCCGACACGCGGAUCUGAUCUGCGUGUUUGAUGGUGGCAAGAUCGUCGAGUCUGGAACGCAUGAGGAGUUACUCAGAAACGGCAGACUCUACCCAAAGAUGUGCGAGGCUCAAAACCUUGGCACUUGA